AUGGGAAAUAAUAAUAGAAUAAUACUAUUAUUACUGUUAAUAACAGCUUUAAUAUCUUUUAACAAUGUAUUGGCGCAACAACAACAACAACAACAACAACCACCUCCACCUCAACAACAACAACAAGCAGUGACACCAACACAAAUGGAACAGCCACAGCCACCUCCUAAUAUGUUUGAAUUGUUAGGUAACAACAUGGAUGAGUACGUCAGCAAGGGUGUUUGGAUGUUGCUGUUCUAUGCACCAUGGUGUCCACACACUCAAAAGUUCCUUCCAGUCUACAAUGAGUUGGCUGUCAUCCUCAAGGAUCAUGUCCAAUUUGCCAAACUCGACUGUAUUCUCGAUCCAUCACAUCUUAAACGUUUCGGUGUUGUCUCAUAUCCAACUAUCAAACUGUUGUUCGAUGGUAACUUGUAUGAGUUCUAUGGUGAUAGGACUGUUGACUCUAUGCUUAAAUUCUUAGAGAAGGGAUUCCUUAGUAUCCAAGCUCAACCAUACCCAUUCAACCCAAAGCCAGUUGACACUCCACCACAGCAGCAACAGCAACAACAGCAGCAGCAACAACAACAACAGCAGCAGCAGCAACAACAACAACAACAACAACAGCAACAACAGCAGCAACAACAAAGAAGAACACCACCAACUGAGAAACAACAGCCUCCACAAAGACCACCUCCACCUCAACCACAACAACAGCAACAGCAACAACAAGUACACGAUCAAAGGGUUGAGGAGAGAAGUUGGAUGGGAAGCAUAAUGGAUUCCAAACUGGCAUACUUUGUCAUGGGUGGAGCAUUCACAAUGGGCGCAAAGACUGCCAGGAAGAGAUACUACAGAAAGAAGUUUACAAAGAUAGCCUAA